AUGUCAAUCUCUCUCAGAACUGCAGACGGCGUCGUUUUCGAAGCCACACCAUCUCUCACCAAGAACAUGAAAACCGUUCGAACCAUCAUCGAAGACUCCGACGCCAACGUCUCCGUCAUUCCUCUCCUCAACGUCUCUUCUUCCCACAUCAACAAGAUCGUCGAGUACCAAACUCUCUCCGAUGACGAUAAGGUGAAGGAGUUUUCCGUCGAGGAUCUCAACAACGAUGAGUUGAAGGAGUUUCUUCUUGCUGUUCAUUACUUGAAUAUGGAGAGUCUUUUUGAGGUUUUGACUCAGGCUGUUGCGGAUCGGAUCAAGAAUAAGAAUGUUGUGUAUGUGAGAAACUAUUUUGGUAUCGAGAAUGAUCUUACGGCGGAGGAAGAGGCGGCGAUUCGUUUUAAGAAUAGUUGGACUUUUGAUGGUGCUGAAGUUGAACCUGAAGAGGAGUGA